GGAAAUAGAAGAAGAAAGAAGAAGGCGGCGGCAGGCAGGCGGAGAGAGAUAAAUUACUCCACCGCGGAGGAGGAGGAGGAGCCAGCAGUCCUCGCCUCCAUCCAAAUCCCCCGAGCGGAGGAGGAGGAGGCCGGCGGCGGCGGCGGAAGCCAUGGAGGAGGGGAAGCAGGGGUUCCAGCCGCACCUGAUGGGCGGCGGCGGGAGGAUGAGGGGCGCGGCGGGGGCCAUGGGGCUGCAGAAGCAGAACUCGUGGUCGCCCGACAUCGAGCGGGACGAGGCGUGGGAGCGGCGCCGGCGCGGGAUACUGGGCAGGGGCCGCCGCUCGCCGCUGCAGCGCGCGCAGAGCGUCACCGACGACCAGCUCGACGAGCUGCGCGGCUCCCUCGAUCUGGGCUUCCGGUUCGACCCGCCCUCGCAGCGCUGCGCCGCCUGCGACGCCGGGAGGAGCCGCCUCGUCGAGACGCUCCCGGCGCUCGACCUCCUCUACGCCGUCAACGCCAACGCCAACGCCAACGCCAAGGCCGGCUGCGCGGCCAGCCAGUGCUCCUGCGGCGCCUCCUCGGAGGCCUCGGAGCCGUCGCCCAUCGGGAGCCCCCUCUCAAUACUCUCUCCAGAUGACCCGCCGGAGACGGUCAAGAUGAGGCUGAAGCAGUGGGCGCAGGUGGUGGCGCUGUCCAUGCGCAGCCGCUCCUGAACAGACCAGCCAUGGCUGAACGAACAUCCCGUGGAACGUGGAUGCCAUACCGAAUUCAGAGGAGGGACAAGGAACAACAACGCACAAGAAAAAGAAUAAUCCAUCCAUCCCUCCCUGCCUCGAGAUCGAAGAAGCAACCAAUGAUUGAUGAGCAAGCAAACGAGAAGAGAAUCUACCAAUAGUGUCGUCGGACGAUCGGCCAGCCGCCUUCCACAUCUGCUCCUCCCGCAUCUUGGACCAGCUAGCUUAGCCCUGCUGCUACUACUAAUCAACCUUUGUGUCACAUGUUUAUCGUUGAGCAAUUCGAGAACCAUACUCCGUAAUCCGCGUUAUUACCUCUGUUAUUACCUAGUUUCUCCUCCCCCUGAUCUUCCGUCGUCGCAUUGCUUCCGUUACUAGUCACCUCCCCUGAUUUCGUGAUAAUUUCGACAUGACUGUACAUGAGGUAGUAGAUUGAUUUUUAAUUUGCGUUCCGGAAUAAUAAUAUACUGUUGGCUGGUGGUGGUA